AUGAACGCUCCUAAAACCAGCCGGACUUUCUGUAAGAAGUGUGGCAAGCAUCGACCCCAUAAAGUAACACAGAGCAAGAAGGGCAAGGAUUUUCUAUAUGCACAGAGGCAGAGGUGUUAUAACAGGAAGCGGAGUGGCUAUGGUGAGCGGACUAAGCCGAUUUUCUGGAAAAAGGCUAAAACUACAAAGAAGAUUGUGCUGAGGCUUGAAUGUGUUGAGCCAAACUGCAGAUCUAAAAGAAUGCUGGCUAUGAAGAGAUUCGAGCAUUUUCAACUGGGAGGAGACAAAAAGAGAAAGGGCUAA